UUGAACUCCUGCAAGGUCUGCGUUAUUCACAAAAGAAGGUUGCAAACCCAAAUGAUGGGAGAUCUCCCAACCGAGCGGUCGUCCUUUUCCAGACCGUUUACGCAUACAGGGAUUGAUUACGCGGGUCCUUUCGAAAUACGGAACUAUACAGGGAGAGCAUGUCUGAUCACGAAGGGGUAUGUGUGCGUAUUCGUGUGUUUUUCCACAAAGGCGAUACAUUUAGAACCCACGUCCGACCUCACCACCGAAAAAUUUCUCGCCGCCUUCGCUCGUUUCGUCGCAAGGCGCGGAUGUCCACAGCGUAUCCAUUCAGAUAAUGGAAAAACUUUCGUUGGUGCAGCAACCCUGCUUUCCAGUGACUUCCUUGACGCGUUUAAGGACUCGGUGACUGAUGCGUAUAGCCAUCAGCGGGUUUCGUGGCGCUUCAUCCCACCAGGAGCUCCACACAUGGGAGGCCUAUGGGAAGCCGGAGUGAAGAGUUUCAAAACUCUCUUCUACAAGGCCACGUCCACUCGGAGGUAUACGUUUGAAGAGCUUUCUACGCUGCUCGCGAAGAUUGAAGCGUGCCUCAAUUCCAGGCCGCUCUCACCGAUGUCCGAUGAUCCGACGGAGCUGCUAGCCCUCACUCCCGGGCACUUCCUUAUUGGGGGGCCCUUAAUGAGUACGGCCGAGCCCGAAAUAAAGGGGAACCUCAAUUCGAUCAUCAAUCGGUGGCAGCAUUUGAAGGCCCUCAACCAACAGUUCUGUCAAAGGUGGAAGGAGGAAUACCUCAAGGAGCUCCACAAGCGGACUAAGUGGCAUACGCUGACGCCAAAUCUGCAGGUUGGCGAUAUGGUGGUCAUCAAAGUGGAUAACCUGCCGUCCAACGAAUGGCGGCUCGGAAGGAUAACUUCCGUGAAUCCCGGUGCCGACGACAGGGUCCGUGAGACCGUUCGAGAACUUCUGCGGAGGGAGCUGGAAGGAAAUUGCUGUCGUAAAAAGACCCCCGAGUCUUCUACCAGUGUGAUAGGUCGUCUGGAAAUUUGA